GUUUGAUGGGACAGCCUGGAAAAGUUCGCUGUUGCCAGUACAUUUAGGCAUUUUUAAAGACAGCCUUAACUGGGGUCCUAUUCUAGUCCGGAAAAAUUUUGCCUGAAAGAAAGGAGGAAUUUACACGUGGGAAGCUGUUAUGCGGAAUCGAGGAGGAAACCACCCUUCUGGAGGGGACCCCAGACUGAAACAGCGAGUUAAACAGUAUCUAAGCAGUAAUAAAUGUGGCCAGUAUGUUAACACUGAAAUUCUAGCAGCAGAACUACAAAAAAUAUAUAGAAUUCUGAAGACAUUGUGUCGAAAGCUUCGACUUCAAGAACCUUUUGAUUUUGGACAUUUGGCUCAUGUGACACCAGGCUACGUUGGUGCUGACCUUCUGGCUCUUUGCCGUGAGGCAGCAAUGUGCACAGUUAACAGAGUUCUUGUUAAGCUAAAUGGGAAGAAAUGGGACGUUACGAAAAAUGAAGAAGCAACACCUGGACCAGACAUGCAAAGGAGAACAGAAGAAAAUGUGAAAGAAGAUGCUGAAGAACCAGAUCUUCCUAGUGAAAUAAAGAAAUCCAUAAAAAACAAAGAUCAUCUUGAAAAAGCCAUACUAGCUGUCAUUUUUAAUGAAUUGCAAAGAUUGCUCCAGUUGCUCAAGGAGCCAGAUCCCCUGGGGGAGGCUCAGCUGCAGAAGCUGUGCAUUGAGCUGAAAGAUUUCACGGUCGCUCUCUCUUCAGUGCAACCCUCUGCGAAGAGAGAAGGCUUUGUCACUGUUCCUGAUGUGACAUGGGCAGAUAUUGGAGCCCUAGAAGAGGUUCGGGAAGAGCUGACCAUGGCUAUACUGAAUACUGGAAACAUUUCUGUUUUGGAGACCGCAAGAAAGAAGUCCAAGAACAAAAAAUAUAAAAGGAGAAAAGUUGAAUUUUCUAAUGUAGAUGAAGAAAUAGAGUCAGUUUUGAAGCAGCAGAAAGUUAAAUCAAGAGAAAUAGAGCUGCAAACUUCCUCAAUGACAUUUGAGGAUAUAGGAGGCAAUGAUGAAAUUUUGAAGGAGAUAUGUAAGAUGCUGAUACAUAUCCGUCAUCCUGAAGUCUACACUCAUUUAGGAGCUGUUCCUCCUCGAGGAUUUCUUUUGCACGGACCACCAGGGUGUGGGAAGACAUUACUAGCACAAGCAAUUGCCGGGGAACUUGAAUUACCAAUACUCAAAGUGGCUGCAACUGAGGUUGUAUCUGGAGUGUCUGGUGAUUCUGAACAGAAAUUAAGGGAGCUCUUUGAUCAAGCUGUGACCAAUGCACCAUGCAUCCUUUUCAUAGAUGAAAUUGAUGCUAUCACACCAAAAAGAGAAAUAGCUUCAAAGGACAUGGAGCGAAGAAUUGUAGCCCAGCUUCUGACUUGCAUGGAUGGUCUGUAUUUUAAUUCUUUAACCGAAUAUUGUGGGCAGGCGGCAGCGGUGGCAGAAAACGGACUGUCGCGAACAGGUGGCAGUGCUGAACAAGUGGCACCUGUAAGGAAUCCUGAACAAUUCCGGGCCCUUGGACUUCUAGCUCCAGCUGGUGUGCUGCUUGCUGGUCCUCCUGGAUGUGGCAAAACACUACUUGCGAAGGCUGUAGCAAAUGAAUCUGGACUGAACUUCAUUUCAGUGAAAGGCCCUGAACUAUUGAAUAUGUAUGUGGGAGAAAGUGAACGUGCUGUUCGUCAGGUUUUCCAACGUGCAAGAAAUUCAGCACCUUGUGUCAUAUUCUUUGAUGAAGUUGAUGCUCUAUGCCCUCGGAGAUCAGACCGUGAAUCAGGUGCCAGUGUCCGUGUAGUGAACCAAUUGCUUACUGAGAUGGAUGGCCUGGAAUCACGUCGUCAAGUGUUCAUUAUGGCAGCUACAAACAGACCAG